AUGGUGACCCGCGAUGGUCCGGCGGCUUUGGGAGUGCUGCAGCGGCUGGUGGCGAAGCAAGUGGAGAUUCAGGUGUGGGGCUACAACAGCGCACUCCAUGCCUGCCACAAGGCAUCGUGGUGGCAGCAGGCCUUGGAUUUGCAGGACUUUCCGGUGGAGAAGGACGUGUUCAGCGUCAGCACGUCAAUUUCCGUCUUCCAGGACGCUGGUCGAUGGGACUCUGCGCUCCGCCUACUGCAAGAUGCUUCCAGCGAGGCCCUGGAGCUCAACAUCGUGGUCUACGGGGCGGCCGCCGCCUGCGUGCGGCGCCGCUGGCGGGACACCGUGGUGUGCCUCGGGGAGGCGAUGCGACGAGGCCUGCAGGUUAGUCUGGUGGCGCAGAACAACGUCCUGGCGGCCUGCGAGGACGCGGAGCGCUGGGAGAAAGCCUUGUCCCUGCUGGAGGAGGGGCAGCGCCAGCACUUGCGGCCUGGAGUCGUGGUGAUGAGCAGUGCCGCGAGCGCGUGCAGUUGGGAGUGGCCGCAGGCUUGCGGACUGCUGGAGAAGGCGAUGCAGGCGGGGGUCAGUCUGGACGCUGUGGCCUUCAACACCGUGAUUACGGCCACGGGGCGCGGGGAGUGUUGGUCCUCAGCGCUUUGCACCCUGCAGCAGGCCGUGGACCGCAAGCUGGCGCAGAAGCGAUCCUUCCGCGCCGCCAUGGCCGCGGUGUCCUCGAGCCCCGAGGGCUGGCAGGUGGCCCUGGCGUUGCUGGCCACCCUGCUGGACAGCGCGCCUGCGCCAGACCUGGAAUGCUUCAACGAGGUGAUGUUCGCGUCUCUGCAGCGCUCUUGGGAGUCCUGCCUGGGCCUUUUGGAGGUGAUGUGGAGGAGGAGGUGGGCGCCAGACCUGCGCUUCUACGGCUCCGCCGCGCGGGCCUGCGUGGAGCUCAGCGAGCGGAUGAAAGCUCCCUCCGUGCCGUCCGUUACGCUGGGGACCGGAUGGAUCGCCGGCGCCGGAUCGAUCCAAGCGCGGCGGCGCAGCCAUUUUGGCUUCGGGGGGCGCGGCGCUUCUUACGCCGCGGUCCUCGCUAAGUUCCAGCGCCCCCUCACCGCUGGGAAGCGGCUGGUGUUUGGGGCCAUCCAGGAUCCCGUAGAGCCCACAGCUGAGAAGGAGAAUCAAGGAUGGGCGUCGGAGAGUGGUCUAGGGGAGGCUGUGGAAGUGAAGAGCACGGCUGGCAUCGAGGUUUCCAACGGACUGGAAUUUCACGCUGGUCACCUUGCCGAUCACCGAACCGCGCUGACCCAUCAACUGCGACGGGGCAGCAGCCGGCACGUAGAGCAACGCGCCUCCGUUGAGGUGGAUGCCCAUGGCGGCGCCCGUGGAUUUCAGCUCACCACGCCCCUUGAGGACAUGUCUUCGGAGUACACCGGCAUCAUCGGGGUGGGCACAAGCCCCGAAGGCGGCGCCCAAUUCGAGGCGCGGGUGGUCUUUGACACCGGCAGCACCAAUCUCUGGGUGGCCUCGAUCCUGUGCAAGGCCUCGCCCUGCGACCGGGACGGGGCCGAGAAGUUCUACGACCCGGAGAAGUCCUCGACGUCCGAGGCCUUCAUAGAAGAUGGCAUGGAGAGCGACUCCGACAUCGACAUCAUCUUCGGCACCGGGGAGCUGAAAGGGCCGCUGCACGUGGACACCUACCGCGUAGGCCCCAUGGCCGUAGAGAAGCAGCCCUUCGCGAUGAUCCGGGAGAUGACAGGGGACGUGUUCUCCUCCUUCCCCUUCGAGGGGAUUCUGGGGCUGGCCUUCCCGUCGCUCUCCUUCGGCGGCAUCGAGCCCUUCUUCGAGCGAGUGAUCAAAGCGAAGUUGCUGAAGAGCAACGAGUUCGCGUUUUAUUUGAACACCGACAGCAGCCGCCCCAGCGCGCUGCUCUGGGGCGGCGUGGACAAGGACUUGUUCGAGAGCCCCAUUGUCAUGUUUCCGGUGGUGAAGCCCCACUAUUGGUCCCUGGAGCUUGUGGACUUCCGGAUCCGCGGGAAGUCCCUGAAGGCCCGCGUGUCCGAGGACAACAAGGCCAAGUACGUCUUGGUGGACAGCGGCACCACCUACUUCACCGCGCCUUCGGAGAUGUACUUCAGCAUCCUCAAGCACUUCCCCGAAGCGCCAUGUAGUGAGGUUGAGGACUACCCGCCCAUCCAGUACAUCCUGCGGAGUGCGCACAACCAGACCUUCACCCUUGAGGUGAGCCAGGAGACCUACAUGGUCAUGGACGAGUACGACUCCUGCCGCCCUGCCUUCAUGAAGCUGGACAUCAAGCGGAAGUCCUAUGGCCCGGCGAUGAUCCUGGGAGAGGUCUUCAUGCGGCACUUCUUCACGGUGUUCAGCCGAGGGGACGGGAGCCUGGACCAAGCGCGGGUCGGCUUCGCGCGCGCCAAAGUGGGAGCGGAGCCCAAGGUGGAAACCGCCAAGGUCCGCGACUCGCCAGGCCUCCUACAUGCAACAGGCCAGCCCGGUGAUGAGGAGGCAGAAGGCCAACGUAAGACAAAGGCGCAUCGUGUGACGCGGCCCCCGCACCGCUCAUCGAGCGCCCGCCAGCUCUCCUUUUGGGCGCUUCGGGCGAGCGGGCUCAGCGCGCGGUGGCCGCACGCCGUGGCCCUGCUGGAGACCAUGACGCGCCGCCGCGUGGCGGACGCGUCCGGCUCCGUUUGGAAUGCCGUGGCCUGGGCGCUCCAGGCCGGACGGCAGCAAGUGCCCCCUACCCCGCACACUGUGGCGGUGGACUUGAGGAAGGAGCACGAGGUGGUGAACUUCGUGCGCCGCAGGGCGAAGGCCGGAGACCCAAAGGCGGUGCUCCGGGCCAUCGAGGACUUCGCGCGAGGCAGGAAGUGGCUCAAGGUGGCGGGCGGGCGGAAGGCCAAGCUGCUCUCGCAGAGCCUCCGCCCCGGGGAUCGCGUGGUGGAGUUCGGCACGUACAUGGGCUACUCUGCGAUGCUAAUGGGAUCUCGCCUGCGAGAAUUAGGCGGCGGGGGGCGGAUCCAGUCCUGCGACGUGAGCGCCCUGACCUUCCCCUUCGCGCGGGAGCUGGUGGACUGGGCUGGUCUAGGCGCCGAGGUGACGCUGCGGAUCGGCAGCGCGGCGGACUGGCUGAGCGCCGGCAGGUUGGGCAGCAUCGAUGUGCUGCUGUUGGACCACCGUGGCACCGUGUACCAGGAUGACUUGCAGGCUGCCGAGCCGUACCUCAGCCCUGGCGCACGGGUUCUAGCAGACAAUGUCCUGCUGCCGGGGGCCCCGCUCUUCCUGGCGCACGUGAGGGACGCCUACCACGUAACCAUCCACGAGGUGUCGGAGUUCAUGCAGCCGGAGCUGGAGGACUGGGUGCUGAGCUGCACGGCGCGGGCUCCGCCGCGGGCUCCGCUGCAGGAGUCGCGGGAUCUGCGGGAGCUGAGGCAUUGGUGCAGGGAAGUGGACGAGAUCUGCUGGGAGAGUCGCACGAAGGAGAUCGAUUGGAAGGCCUUCCAGGCGCGGCUCUCCCCGGCCCUGCGCGCGUGGUGGCGCGACCCAGAAGGCACAUCCAGCCCAAGCUGA